ACAAAAUAAAGCAAGAUGUGUGACGAAACCAAUAGCGCUGCCUGGGACGAUUCUCUGUUGAUAAAAGUCUACGAUGAAUCCGUGAAUUUGGCCCGCGAGGCCUUGGCUCGCCGUUUGGCAGACUCGACCAAUACGCGUGAGGAGGAGAACAAGAUGGAUGAAGUUAACACUGCAACCGACGCUACCAGCCCCGAGCCCGUAUUGUUCAAGGUGGGCGACUUCGCCCGGGCCACAUUCACUGAUGGCGUUGACUAUGAGGGAACCGUGGUGUUCAUCAACGAGGAAGCAGGUACUUGCGUGAUCCGUUACCUGGGCUAUGAAAACGAGCAAGAGAUAUUGGUCGCCGAACUGCUGCCAUCUUGGGGCAAGGACGCCCGUCGCCAGCAGUCGUUAAUGGCAUAUCAAUUCGAGAUCGAGACAGCGCAUCAGGAAAAAGCUCGCGGCAAGUCUGCCUCAAAGAAAUCUUCAGUCAAGACCAAACCUGCUGCCAGCGCAGUUCUUUCUGGUGGACCGUGCAUGCCAACUAUGCCAUUGAUCCCCCCCAUUAUCCCUCCUUAUGGUAACCCGGGCGAGGAGCAGGACCUUAUGUCCAUGCUGACUGCCUGGUACAUGUCUGGUUACUAUACAGGCUAUUUUCAAGGAAAGAAGGCCAUUCCACGCCAAGUUGAGAAGAAAAAGACUCCCAAGAAGUAAUUUGAAGCUUGGAAAUUGUAAGACUUGUAACCAUUAAGAAGCCAACAUAAAAUAAAGAUUCUAAAAAGA